AUGUACGGCAGGGGAAAAGACGACCAGGAAGCUGCAGACUCGACUACUGACCCUGGAUUCGUCUCCUUCUUCUCACAUCUCCCCAAGAAAUCGCCCGAGACGGGCACACUCCGCCUCUUCCAUCGCCAGGGCCCCGACGAAUUUUACUCCUGCUAUGGUCCAGACGCCCUCUUCGUCGCAAACUACGUCUUCCACACCAACUCUGUCAUCAAAUACCUAGGCCAUGGCGGACGCGCGACCGGCCUACCCACGGUCCACCUGAAGACCACUGUCGCGCAAAGCUUGUUACGAGAUGCGCUCACCGUGAAGCAACUGAAAGUGGAGAUAUACGUCCCCGAGAGCGGCCAGGGCAAGCGCGCGACAAAGUUCCAUCUGGACAAGGAGGCCUCCCCAGGAAACUUGCAGCAAGUCGAAGACAUACUGUUCACCAACUCGGACAUGACAACUGCCCCUAUCGUCAUGGCGAUCACCCUUGCAAGCACGCCCGCGGCUGGUGGCAAGACCAAGCUGAAGACAGUCGGCGUCGCCUACGCCGACACGAGCCUGCGGGAGCUCGGUGUAGCUGACUUCGUGGACAAUGAACUUUACUCCAAUACAGAGUCCCUCAUCAUCCAGCUUGGCGUGAAAGAGGCUGUUAUCCCUAUGGGCACGUCGAGUGGAACGUCUGAGCGCGACCUAGACUUGAACAAGCUGCGGUCGGUGCUGGACCGAUGUGGUGUCGUGAUCACGGAGCGCAAGCCCAGCGAGUUCAGGGAUAAGAACGUUGCGGACGAUGUCCCGCGCUUGCUGGUAGCAACCCCCGGGACCUCAACAGCCGAUCCCACUGCAACCAUUCCCGAACUCAGCCUGCCGAACGCCAAAGGCGCACUGAACGCAUUGCUCGGCUACCUCAGCCUCCUCGCCGACCCUGCCAACCACAACGCAUGGACAAUCCGUACGCAUGAUCUGGAGCAGUACAUGAAGCUAGACGCAAGCGCCUUGCGAGCGCUUAACCUGGUUGAUAUGACUGGGCAAAGCGGCCAGUCCAACAAGAACACGACCUUGCUAGGCCUGCUCAACAAGUGCAAGACAGCGCAGGGUACUAGGAUGCUGGGGACUUGGCUCAAGCAGCCGCUCGUCAACUUGCAUGAGAUUCAAAAACGGCAGGAACUCGUACAAAUAUUCUUCGAUGACGCGAAUGCGAGGCAGACGCUGCAGGACGAGUACUUGAAGAUGAUGCCCGACAUGCACCGUCUGGGACGGCGGUUUCAGAAGGGGCUUGCGACAUUGGAGAAUGUCGUGCGCGUAUACCAAGUCAUCCUAAAGCUACCCGGCAUGAUAGAGGCGCUGGAAGCCGUGCGGACGGAGACUCCAGAGCACCAAGCUUUGAUCGAGGAAACGUACCUCAGGGAACUUCGGGACAAAGAAGCCAGCCUGUCCAAGUACUCGCAGAUGGUGGAGCAGACGCUCGACCUCGACCAGCUCGACAACCAUAACUACGUCGUGAAGCCGGAUUAUGACGAGCAGCUGCAGGAGCUGCAUAAUAAGCUGCAGGAGGCGACCGAAAAACUCGACCAAGAACAUCGCAGAGUCGGCGAGGACCUGAACAUCGAGCUUGACAAGAAGCUUCAUCUGGAGAACAACCCGACGUACGGCUACUGCUUCCGGUUGACGAAGAACGACGCCAAAGGCAUCACGAAUAAGAAGGACAAGUACAUCGAGCUGGCGACGAACAAGAGCGGGGUGUACUUCGUGACGAAGAAGCUGAAGACGGCCGCGGCGGACCACAAGGAGCUAACGCAGGCGUACUCGAGGAAGCAGAGCGGGCUUGUGAAGGAGAUCGUGGCUAUCGCAGCCACAUAUACCUCGGUCAUGGAAUCCCUGGAUAGUGUCAUCGCGCACUUGGACGUGAUCAUUAGCUUCGCGCACGUCUCCGUGAACGCGCCCGUCACCUACGUCAAGCCCAAGGUCGUGGAGCGCGGCAACGGCAGCUUGAUCCUCAAGGAGGCGCGCCACCCGUGUCUCGAGGUUCAGGACGAGGUCAACUUCAUACCGAACGACGUCGAGAUGAUCAAGGACAAGAGCGAGUUCCAGAUCAUCACUGGCCCGAAUAUGGGAGGGAAGUCGACGUACAUCCGGCAGGUGGGCGUCAUCGCACUCAUGGCGCAGACGGGGUGCUUUGUACCGUGCGAUAAGGCGACGCUGCCGAUCUUUGACUCCGUGCUAUGUCGUGUGGGCGCGGGUGACAGUCAGUUGAAGGGCGUGUCGACGUUCAUGGCAGAGAUGUUGGAGACUGCGACGAUCUUGCGGUCAGCCACCAAGGACUCGCUCAUCAUCAUCGACGAGCUCGGACGCGGCACGUCAACCUACGACGGCUUCGGUCUGGCAUGGGCGAUUUCAGAACACAUCGCCUCCCAGAUCCACGCCUUCUGCCUCUUCGCCACCCACUUCCACGAGCUCACCGCCCUCGACCAACAACUCCCACACGUCACCAACCUUCACGUCGUCGCGCACGUCAGCGGGGACUCGUCCGGCGACACCAGCGACAUCACGCUCCUUUACAAGGUCGAGCCGGGCGUAUCCGACCAAAGUUUCGGCAUCCACGUUGCGCGCCUGGCGAACUUCCCGGAGAACGUCGUGAAGUUGGCCAAGCGCAAGGCAGACGAGUUGGAGGACUUUGGGAGUGAGGACAAACGCUCUGCACCAGAGGCUCCGCCCGAGGUGACGGAGGAAGGCCUCAAGAUCGUCGAGGACUUGCUCAAGCAGUGGGCGGGCGAGCCGGACGGCGAGGACGUCGAGAUGGCCGACGUCGAUGACUCGCCCGAGGCGCAGCUGGAGGAGCUGAAGAAGAUCGUCAACGCACACAAGGAGCAGAUAGAAGGGAACGAGUGGCUGAAGAAGGUGAUCACUGCGCUUUGA